AUGGCGAGCCUCGAGCAGUCCUUGAUGGAACUGGACGCGAUGGCCGACGAAAUGCGGAUGGCGUUCCCUUUGCGCUCCUACCGCCUCUUGUCCGCCCCGUCGCUGACUGAAGACGACGACUUUUUCCGCGACCUGCCCGUGGCGACCCGCGAUACACAACCGUCCAAGGAAGUGUCUGGCGGAGACGAAGAAUCCCGCGCGUUCUCCAACUACUCGUACUCGAGCUCGUCGGUGGUGGACGACAAGGGGCGCCGCGCGGUCCACGAACGCUUGCUCCCUGGCAAGAAGAUGGUGACGACGUGGCGCAAGCAAAACAAGGACGACGAGGGCAGCCAGGAGACCAUUUGCUCGCAAGGCGUGUCGAAGGAAGAGUUUGAAGAGGAGUGGAAGAGCACUCCGUUUGCCAAGGCCCAAGAGUCGGCAAAGCCAUUGGAAGGGGAGAAGCCCAAGGCCUUGCAAGGCGAGCAGUCGAAGGCCUCGGAAGGCGAGCAAUCGAAGCAACAAGUGGCGGCUUAG